AUUAGAAUAUGAUUAGAAUCUCUUUGGUUAGAAUAUCGUAUAAUCAUACGUCUCGAAAAGUCAAAACUGUUUUUUCAUCUAAAUACAUACUAAUAAUUAUAUUUUAAGUAAUUGCAUAAGUAAUAGUAAUCUGUGUAACGGCCGUAACUAACGCAUCAUUGUAUUGUCCGUUUUCCACUGGAAAAUUAUAAUUAAUUCUUAUUUUCAUUAGUAUUUAGUGUGUGAAAUUUUAUUAUUUUGUUGCUCAUAACAUUUGAUUUGUAAAUAAUGUCGGAUUCGGAAGACGAGUCAAAAAUUAAAGAUUUUAAAGAAAUUUCUGAAGAAAUAGAACGAUGCAAAAUGAAUCCAGCAACAUCUGGAAUGUUUGUGUCCGGUUGGGAUGAUGCAGACCAAGAUGUCGAUCUUGUGAAGAAUCCCAAAGCUAAUCCAAUUGAUCAUGUUUUAUGGGCUGCUGAAAAUGGUGAACUUGAAACUCUUCGAGAACUUUUAACAAAACAACCGGGUCUAGUGCAUGCAACUGAUUCUGAUGGAUAUACACCACUACACAGAGCUGCAUAUAGCAAUCAUGUGAAUGUUAUAUCAUACCUGCUUAGUGUAGGUGCAAAUGUUGGAGUCAAAACAGAGCUUGGAUGGACGCCACUACAUUCCGCUUGCAAUUGGAAUAAUUAUGCUUCUGCUGCAAGAUUGUUAGCAGCUGGUUCAAAUCCAGGUGCUUUAUCGGAUGGAGGGCAAACACCUUUGCAUUUGGCGGCAGCAAUUAGUCACUGUAAAUCAACAUUACUUGUCUUGUUUCUUAGAGAAGACAUUGUAGAAAUUUCUCGAAGACCAAAUAACUCAGAUGAAACUCCAGAACAGUUAGCUCGAAGCCAUGGAAUUUAUGCACCCUUAUUUGAAAUGGUAUUACCAGCAGCCUCCCAUAUUCGUUCUUUAUCCUUCACUUGCAACCCAUAUGUAAGAUCAUAAAUAAUUGAAGCAAAUAACUUACAUAUAAAGUUACGAGAUUUCAUCACUUCUCAAGCUAUAAGACCUAUUAUAAAAAUAAUUUGUUCAAAAUGAAAAUAAUUUAAACCAACCUUAAAGACAACUUCAAGUGUCGCAUUUUGCAUUUUUUGUUUGAUUAAAAGAUUAAAGAUUAGUCAAGUUUAAA